GAGUCGUGAUGAAGCGACGGGCGCGCGCACAGCUUUCUCACACAGCAGCUGAAUAACAAACGGACCUCGUGUUGAGCUUCAGCUUAUUUUUACUGGGAGUCGAAGCGAGCUAGUAAACAUUUAAAAUCGUGUAGUUAUUACGCGGCGUUUGUUGGAAUUGAACAACUUUCUGUGACACUGGAUAUUGUAGCCGUUAGUUGUGGAUGUUUAGGGCACGAGGACGAAAAGGACUCUGAGGUAAAACUAACGGAUUUCUCUCACUCGCGCUCUCAGAUAAUUAUCACCGUGUUCCUUUACAUUAAACACCGACUACGAAUAUAUCUUCUGCAAACUAAGUUAUUUUAUUAACAUGACACUUAAUCAGACUGCAUACAGAGAUUAUAUUCGAAAGUAUCUGAGCUACGAGCUCCAGAAAACGAGAUUUUGGGAGUUGCUAGCUAAAGUUAGCUAAAUGUCCCGGGACAGUUGUGAGUGUUCACACCAGGUACCUUACUUCAAAAGGUGAUGGCCUCUCUGGUGCAGCUGUUCAUAGACACGCCUCAUCUGGAAGACGUUUAGAACUCUGACGACAACCACACACACACUUUGGACACCACAACACACUAGUGCUUAGCUAUGUACAGCGUGGAGGACCUUCUUAUCUCUCAUGGAUACAAAAUCAGCAGCAACAACAAUGUUCCUCCAUCGCACUCAUCCUCGUCCCAGGAACAACGGCCGCCGACACGCAGCAGCAGUCGGUGUGAAAUCACAGACAAGCGGACAGGACAUGGCUCCGUGAAUGGCUACAAAACAGACUGUGUUUAUGGUGGUGGUGUGAAUCAGACAUCAUCUCGGGGUGUCCCCAGUGACACAGAGAUCAGAGACAAGAACCAAAGGACAGAGGGGGACAAUGCUAACCUAGUAGAUGGACACUCGCCAAGAGGCACCUUGACCAGCGACAGCGGAUUCCAUGAUGCCCACAGAGAGAUUUACACUCAUCUAAGGCCAGAGUCUGAAGUGUCUUACUGGCGGAGACGAGGUCAAGACUUCAACAUGCUCCUGGACUAUGUGGACAUCAGAGAGCCGCAGGGUAAACAAUUAGGUGGUCAACAUAAAGCAGAGGGCAUGCAGCGAAGACCAGAAUCAGCAUUAACCACUGAAGAGCAUCGUCGUGAGAGACAACGCAGGGCAGACAGUGCGCGUGCCAGGGAGCGUGAACUGGCCCUCUACCAGUGGAAAAUGGCAGCAGAGAGGAAGUACCAGAGUCUGGGAACAGAAGAGUGGCGUCCAGCUGUAGGUAUCGGUCGACAUAUGUCUGAAAGUGAAGGUGAAAGAUGGGCAAAGGAGCAGAGGCAGCCACGAACAGCAGAGGGUGCUGUUCCUCCCAGGACCAAAGCCAAAUCUCAGUCCUUACCCAGAAUGGCCAUGCCCUCAGACAGCAUCCAGUACUUAAGCAUGUCAUCCUCUGUCCAGGACCCUGGUGGAAACUAUAGAAUUAAUGGGCACCAGUCACGAGUACCUCAAGGUCGCAAUCUCAGUGAAGGGGAAAGUAGGGAGCGAUGGGUUGACAAUAGUCGGUCAGGUGUACAGUCUGCACCCCCAUCAAAACCUCGUUUUAGCCGACCUCUUAGACCUCCAUCAUAUGAGGUUCACCAGCAGAUGCGUGGAAGCUCAGAAAUGCUCUCUGGUGAUUUUGUGCCUCACCCAAGAGACAGAACUCCACUGCCUUUUUCCAGACAGGAUUACUUUUCACAGGAACUUGGUGGGUCGGGCAUGGAGCCCCCGGGUUACAUUCCUCCACCAUCAUAUAGGAGGCAGCCUGUCAUCAGGGGAGGGCACAGGACUUAUGCCAAUUCCAUGGGGAACUACCAGUACAGGGGGGACCCAUAUAUGCAAGGGCCUGCAAUGGCCGAGGUCCAGGAGUGGUUCAUGAGACAGACAGGAGUGGCCUGGCCUGACAAUUACAGGGAUGGGAGAAGAAGUAUGCCCUGUAGGAGACAGGCAUAUCCUGGUUAUGUAGAAGAGCACAUGGGGAAUAUUCAGUAUAUACCCUUUGAUGACCCACGAGUCAGACAUAUUUCAGGAGGGAAAAUAGAUGGGAACUCACUGACAGAUGCUGACAAAAUCAGGAAUAUCAGAAAAGAUAUCCCUAUCACCUCUUCAUCUGAGAAAUCUCCUGAAGACAGUGCCUUUCUGCUCUCAGGAAAAUCAUUCAGCAGCACAGAAGCAAGUAACAGCAAUAUAAGUGACUGUGUCAAUGAAGCAGUCAUACAUAAGGAGGUUUCAGGAGAGGUGAUCAACUCAAAAUCAACAAAUGAUGAAAACUCCAAUAGUUUCCCAGCCAGCCCUGACUAUUCAAGUAUCUUCCAAACAACAUCAUCACAACAGAAACCUAGCAUAAAUCAUCGAUUAUGUAAGACAGUAACCCAAGUAAAGACAUUUGAAGCACAAACAGCAGCUGAAAACAAGAAAAACAAGAAGAAAGUUAAAGAGACUAUGUUCUGUUUAGUGUCAGUCCCAGUAAACAUGGCAGUCAACAAGGAAGCUACUGAUCCAAAUAACAAUGAGAAAGUGUCGAGCUUAAUAGUAGCACCUUUAGAAAAUUCAGUCACCCAGCAUUGUAACAAAGAUAUGCCAAAGAUUGCAAAUAGCAAUGUUCAAUUAAUACAAUCCAGCAGCUCCCUGAACACAAAAAGGACCAAAAAGGCUCCACUUCGAAAAGAGGCCAUAGAUAUUUGGUCUCUCCAAGCAAGUGCUGAUAAAGAAUUGUGCUAUGCAGGAUCCUGGCCAGGAGACCAAUAUAAAAAUCAGGAGACUCAGACAGGUUCUCUUGAGGGAUCAAGAAAUACUAAUGCACAAACUACUCAAACCCAGGUUACAUGCGACCCUCCAUUGUCCACAGACAGUGGGACGGCUACAGAAUGCAGUGUCAACUACAAGUGUCCCAUAAAAGUCCAAAGGAAUUUCAACCUUUCCAGUAACAGUGCAUUCUACCAAACACAAACAGCUAGCAGCUCAAGUAUAAAAAGCCCAGAUCAAGUCAUAACGACGCCUUCGCCACCAUCUCCUGAUCGGCAGCCUCCACUGGGAAAGAAUGCGUCCAAACGUCAUGCGUUAAAUGGCCAAGAGGCCUUUGGCCAAUUCUUGUUAAAACCUGUGAACAGGCGACCAUGGGAUGCUAUUGGGGAACUUGAAUCUUUUAACAAGGAGCUGCAAGAUCUAAAUGCCAAACAACAAACCACUGAUCAAACUAUAGAGGACCUAGAUGAGGCACUGAGGAACAUUUUAGAGGUAGACAACAUGGGCACAGAGUUCAUUAGACCUGAGUUGGCUACACACAGGAUUAGGUCAGAGUUGGCUAUGCAUUCUUUACAGCAACAUAAAGAAAUAAAUCCAGAACAACAGCUAAAGAAUGAGAACUUAGAUUUCAGGUCAGAUUUAGAGCACAGAGUCGUAACUCAUACAGGUAAAGAUUUCAGGGAAGUGGGAAGUGCCUUCUCUUUACCGUCUGGGAGGAUUGUAAAUCCUUACAUAUCACCAAGACAAGAGAUGGACGGUGGGUUUGAGAAUUAUGAGGUAUUGAGUAUGAUACAGGAUGACCCGAAGUCGAACAGGAUGGAUAUUCCAGUGCCAAAGGAAUCAUUACUGAAAGAUGUUGGACUUACAGUGUACACAGCGGUCCCAGACUCAGUGAAACUGGGAUCACCUGUACUUUUAAGCCCUGAAUCUCCAAUGCUAACUAGUCCCUCUGACAACUCAGAAACAUGUGAGGUUUUACAGAUCACAUCUUCAGAUAGUGGAGGAGAUCAAAAUGCAAACAGCCCUGAUUUGAGCACAAAUCAUAAGUGUUCAAACAGUAAUAUAAUCUUUGCUAUUAAACCUGAUCAUAAGAAAGUGUCAGAGAGCAGCAAAGUUAACACUGGCUCAGAAAGGUCACCUCGUAGUCAUGGUGUCAGAAGACAGCAUUUCACAUUUUUGGCAAACUACGAUAAUGCUGAUUAUGAUGACGAUCCAUAUCUGAGCAAUGAAAAAACAAUAGCAGAUGAACAUCUGGAGGCUCUUCUGAGUCAAGAGAAAGCCAAUAGCAUGGCAUCAGAAGAUCUUAGUAAUCUGUAUCAAAUUCAGUGUGCCAAAGUAAUCCCUGUGCACGAGUCAAUUGAACAAAGGGCAGCCAGGAUACUGGGCAUUGCUGUACCAGCUGAAGCCUUGGUUAUCAGUCAAGACUGUUGCAAGCAGGAUCAAGAAAAUGAGCACCAUGAUAAAGAGAGCAUGGAAAAGGCUGAAUUAGUUAUGCAAACCAAGACAAUAAGGCCAAAUGAAGAAACCCAGAAUGUGAGUAGAGAGUAUAAGCAAGUGAUAGAGACAACAGUCCAUACCCACAUACGUCUGAUGGAGAAUGAUCCUGUCAUUGGGCAAGACCAUGACUCUACAGAAGCUAAGUUCUGUAAGGAUAGUCAUUCUUCUUUAGUGUUAGAUUUACCCGAGUUUCCACCCAAUAACCUGCGUUUAUCACUGCCUGUGACUGAAGAUGAGGAUCUGAUUUUAAGUGUGUGUGGUGGUGAGAAAAAGGUUCCGCCUGCUGCAGACAUGUGUGAAGGCCAACCGGACAAGUCCAUCGUAUAUCACCCAUCUUCUGUGUGCAGAAAUGAAGAAAUGUCUGCAGAGCGCAUUAAUCCUGCCGUGGAGGAUGAGUCAAUGUCAUGUGUCAGCGGUUUCAAAAAAGAAAUCCAGAAAGGGAGGGGAGAAGAGGAAAUAGGAAAGGAAGAAACCGAAAAUAGAGUUCAAGAGGACAAAGUACUAGAAGGAGUAGAGGACCAAUUUGUGUCGAAUGAAAUGAGAGUAAAUGCUGAGUGGCAAGCUGCUUUUGAGAAAAAGAUAGAUGAGGAUAUUGAUAGAACUAGGGAUGAGGAGGAAGAGACAAAAGAAGAAAUAGUGGAAACAAUAAUAAAGUCACCACAGUCCAUGGGUUGCUUAUCCCCAGUCUCUCAGUCACGCAGUGCAACAGUGGUCAAGAGAGAAAUCACACUUCCGGACACCUUUAGCAUGGCCGCUGAUUCAGAUUCACUUGAGGAUGAUGAGAUUCACUCUGUUUCAGACUCUUAUGAUCCCAGUCGAGUUGAGACGGUGUAAACUUGGGACAUCAGCAUAGCAUCUCAGACUGCCCACACUGUCCUGUCCUGUCACUGUGACCUGGCUGGGAAAUCAGUCAAUUCUUUUCAUUUUCUUAUUAACUUCAUUUUUGUUGUUGUUGUUCUAAACAAAAACUGGCAGCACACUUUCUCAUGUUAUGCAUCUUUUUUACUACUUAUUUUUUUAAUAAAAUGAGAAUGAUUCUGUGCAUUGCAUACUAAGUUGUUGAGAAGAAUAUAACCUGAAAUUAAUGAGUUACAUUUACAGGCUGUAAAUAGUUUUAUCUGCACCAGCACAGAUAUAGAGCAAGUAAAAUAAAAUAUAUAACAUGCCAGCUUAGACAUCAUCUCCUGCAAUAUAGCCAGUUACAGAGAAGUCAGUGCUUAAUUCUAUUAGCAGAAGAAAAAAAAAUAUAUUAACUGAAACUGAAAGGUUUGGUUAUAAGUCUUCCAUUGUAAAAAAAAAUAAAAGUAUGAGUGUAUAUUUAAUCUGUUUCAUCUAUUAUCACCCUACAGCAAUAGAUUUUAUCAAAGAGCACAACUAAAUGUUGUAUUUUGACAGCAGACAUAUUCAUAUCACGUAUAUGCCCAUGUAGCUGUUAUUAGAAACUUUGUCAAGAUUUUUCAAGCACAUAAUAGCAUUCAGUUUACUCUUGUUUUCAAUAUCAUAUACAAAACAUGAGCUUGUAAUUAUCAUUAACUAGCAGAAAAUAUUAUAUCAUGUCAAAGAUGCAAAAACUUAAGAAAUGCGUAUUUAUUUUUUAGCCAGCUAUCCUCAGACUGUACAAAAAGAAAAUGCAACAUAAAAUGACUUGACAUUUAAUCGUGCAAUUCUAUUCACUUGAUUACAAUCACUUUGCAAAUGUCACGUGUGUAAUUUCCUGCAGAGUCUGUGCAGUAAACCAGCUUUCAGAUGAUAGUGUGCCUUUGGAAACAGAAAUGUCAAAAUGUAUUGUGUGUCGUUUGUAUAUUUCAUAUGUCACUACAUCUUGCUUGACAUGUUAAGAGUAUUUUGUUAUUAUUUACUGUCUUGCAUGCUCAAUGUAGUCUUCACCUGAAGUUCUCUUAUUAGAGCACCAUCAGUAUUAGUAAUUCAUUUAACACUGUUAUAUGUUAUAUGUGAGGAACAUGAGCAACAGCUACAUGACAACUUCAAUAUGAUACAUCACACGGUCAUACACUUUAAAGAGAUUUGGUCCGCUCAGGCCACGAUCUAUAGAUGACUGGGGAGAAAAGAGUCAGAUGUACAUUUAACAGUAAGUGGCCAAUGUCAUCAGUGUUUAGGUUUAGAAUAUAAGUGACUAUGGUGUUGCUAAAAUAUGUUUCUUUUAAUAAUGCUCUCUAUUUUUCGUACAGAACAUGUGUGUAUUUGUGUAUGUGUUCUUGUGUAAGUCAUUGUUGUUGUGUGUUGAUUAAUUAUUCUGUGUCAGCAUGAGAUAAUUAGUGUAUCAUGGGGAAAACUGGGGUUUAGGGUUUUGCAUCUUAUUGCAUUUGGUACUAUAUAAUAAAAAUCAUUAUAUUUCAAA